CCCCGACCAACUUCUCGUUGUCUUUCGAGCCCGCCCAAGAAUUUCCCCAGAGCUGCUCCCUUUGACGCCCGUUUCGCUCAAGCCUCUGCUUCCGCCUCUUCCUUCACUUCUUCGCACCCUCCGUCACCAUGAUCAUCUACAAGGACAUCAUCACCGGCGACGAGAUCAUCUCCGACUCGUACAACCUGAAGGAGGUCGAUGGCAUUGUGUACGAGGCCGACUGCACGAGGAUCACUGUCGGAAACGAUAACAUCGACAUCGGAGCCAAUCCAUCGGCCGAAGAGGGUGACGAAGGUGUCGAGGACACUGCCCAGACGGUCAUCGACGUUGUCCACUCAUUCCGCCUGAAUGAGACUUCUUUCGACAAGAAACAGUAUCUCACCCAUCUCAAGGACUACAUGAAGAAGGUCAAGGAACAACUGAAGGCGAAGGGCGCAGACGAGGAUGAGAUCAAGACGUUCGAGAAGGGUGCGUCAGCAUUCGCCAAAAAGAUUGUGGGCAGCUUCAAAGACUACGAAUUCCUGAUUGGCGAAUCGAUGGACCCCGAUGGAAUGGUCAUUCUCCUCAACUACCGCGAGGACGGCGUCACUCCCUACGUCACUGUCUGGAAGCAUGGUUUGACCGAGAUGAAGGUCUGAGUGCCCAGAUGGGAAGGCGCGGGCGGAGGUGAAGGGGCUGGAUUCUUUGAUUUUACGACCUUGAAUGCAGGAAUGGAUAUCCGACAACGUCACACCCUCAAAAAAUCUAGAACAUCAUAUCCUAGCGUUUUUCGUGUGAGCCAUGGAUACGUUUGCUUCGUCCUCUCUCCCGAGGUAGUCCGCACAGUCCAUUUGGGUUCGUAAUAGCAUCAAUUACAAUGCGCAAUACAGGUGAUGUUCUAUAUUUGGCAGGAUGCCAAGAGGGGAGACUUUAGAUCCGAACCAUGAGAUUCACUGC